AUGUCGCAGGACGAGCUCAAGAAGCAGGUCGGCUACCAGGCCAUCGAUGACUACGUCACGAGCGGCAUGAAGGUGGGCCUCGGCACGGGCUCGACGGCCGCGUUCGCCGUCGAGCGUCUCGGCGCGCUGCUCAAGAGCGGCGAGCUCACGGACAUCAUCGCCGUGCCGACGUCCGUGCGCACGAAGGAGCAGGCCGAGGAGCUCGGCAUCCCGCUGACGACGCUCGACGAGUUCAGCCGCCUCGACGUCGCCAUCGACGGCGCGGACGAGGUCGACCCCGACCUGAACCUCGUCAAGGGCGGCGGCGGCGCGCUCCUCCGCGAGAAGAUGGUCGAGAUCGUCGCGGACAAGUUCAUCGUCAUCGUCGACGAGAGCAAGCUCUGCGACGCCCUCGGCCCGGGCUUCCCCAUCCCCGUGGAGAUCACGCCGUUCUGCCACGAGCACACGAUCCGCGUCAUCGCCGACCUCCCCGCGCUCAAGGGCAAGUGCACGCCCGUGCUCCGCCUCGGCUCGUCGACGAACAACGCCAAGGACGGCGACGAGCCCGCCGUCACGGACAACGGCAACUACAUCGUCGACCUCGAGUUCGCGGACCCGCUCGCGGACGCGCCCGCCGCCGCCGCGCAGCUCAAGGCCACGUGCGGCGUCGUCGACCACGGCAUCUUCAUCGGCAUGACGACGGCCUGCAUCAUCGCCGGCUCCGACGGCAUCUCCGUCAAGACGCCCUAG